AGAGACUUUCCAAUAGAAAUCAAUGUCACAGACACAUAAAGCCCUGGAUGGUAAAGUGGCGGUGAGUACGAAGAGAGAGAGAGGGAGGAGAGACAAUACAAGGAGAGAGUCAGUGAGUGAGAUUGCGAGACCAGCACACAGUAGGGUGCAGAGCAGCGUUGUGGAUCUGAGCUGCCAUCAGAGGUCUUUGCUUUGGAAUCUGUCGGACAGCAAAAGUGAUGAUAAAGACAAGUGGUACAUAAGUAUCAACAUUUCUACAAGUUCUGCAUUCAUACAAAAGGGGAAGUAGCUUGUGUUUUCUCUCUCAUCGCUCACAGGGACUUUCUUCUCGCAAUUGCACUUUCAUAUUCAAAGUGCAACAGAGACUACUGAGCUAUGGGGACGGUGAGCGAACUCUGUGCCUCAAGCUUCCAGGCGUUCUUGUGUCCCACAGUUUGUCCGGCUCCUCCAGCAGUACCGGAUGACCUGACGCCAGAGGAGAAGCAGGAACUGGAGAAUAUUAGGAGACGAAAACAGGAGCUGCUAGAGGACAUACAGCGGCUGAAGGAUGAGAUAGCAAAGGUGACAAAUGAGAUCGAAAGUCUUGGCUCCACUCAAGAAAGAAUAAACAUGCAGCGGAGUAAACAGAUCGCUAUAGGCCGCAAGAAAUUUAACAUGGAUCCCAAAAAGGGUAUUCAGUUCCUCAUAGAGAAUGAAUUGUUGAAGAACACUUGUGAACAUAUUGCUCAAUUCCUCUACAAGGGUGAGGGCCUCAACAAGACUGCCAUCGGAGAUUAUCUGGGUGAAAGGGAUGAGUUCAAUAUUCAGGUUCUUCAUGCCUUUGUGGAGCUUCAUGAAUUUACAGACCUCAACCUGGUUCAGGCACUCAGACAGUUUUUAUGGAGUUUCCGGUUACCAGGUGAAGCUCAGAAGAUCGAUCGAAUGAUGGAGGCUUUUGCCCAGCGUUACUGUCAAUGCAAUCCCGGUGUCUUUCAGUCCACAGAUACAUGUUAUGUGCUUUCAUUUGCAAUCAUCAUGUUGAACACAAGUUUGCACAACCCUAAUGUGAAGGACAAGCCAUCUGCGGAGCGCUUCAUAGGCAUGAACAGAGGCAUCAAUGAUGGAGGAGAUCUGCCAGAAGAUCUGCUCAGGAACCUUUACGAGAGCAUUAAGAAUGAGCCCUUCAAGAUACCUGAAGACGACGGCAAUGACCUCACGCACACCUUCUUUAACCCUGACCGCGAGGGCUGGCUGCUCAAACUGGGAGGUGGACGGGUGAAGACGUGGAAGAGGAGAUGGUUCAUAUUGACGGACAACUGUCUGUAUUAUUUUGAAUACACCACUGAUAAAGAGCCGAGAGGGAUCAUUCCUCUGGAAAAUCUCAGUAUUAGGGAAGUGGAUGACUCCAAGAAGCCAAACUGCUUUGAACUCUUCAUCCCAGACAACAAGGAUCAGGUCAUCAAAGCGUGUAAGACUGAAGCAGAUGGACGGGUUGUGGAAGGAAACCACACGUUCUACCGCAUCUCAGCACCAACAACAGAGGAGAAGGAGGAGUGGAUCCAAAGCAUCAAGGCUGCCAUAAGCAGAGACCCUUUCUAUGAGAUGCUUGGGGCCAGGAAGAAGAAAGCCUCCUCUCUGAAGAGACAGUAGGGCUGCUGAAAGGAUGCUUGGACCUGGACAAGGGGCGAAUGAUAAACGGAAACCAUAAUGCUGGACUAGAGCGAAUUUUAUCUCAGGAAUGACCUGAAGUUUUAAAGGUUUUCAUGCAGCUGACUGUCUGAGAAGUUGUCUGACAUUUCUGUUUGUUUCAUUCUCAUGAAUGAACAUUGAGUUCAUCUCAAAUCAGCAGGUCUGACUGAAUGUGGAUCUCAUUGAGCUUCUGUAAGCUUGCUGCAGACUUGACCGUUCCUCUCUGUGCUUCGAGAAGUAGAAAAUGCUAAUUGUGCACCUAUUUUUUACACUGCUAUUAACUGGAAGUAUCCGGGAGAGUUUUGGCCUUGUUUUGUUUGAGACUAUCUAGCUUUGUUUUUCUAUUUGUUUCUGAUCUGCUGUCAUAUUUAUGUGUUUUGUUGUUGUUGGCUCGACAUUUUUCCCAUUUUGCCAAAGUUUGUCUUUCAGUCGCACUCCAGAUACUGUCCUAAAAACUGAAGUUAAGUGAUUGUCUGAUUCUUGAAAUGAAUUCUAGGUUUUAUUUUGAUACUGUUUAUUUAGCUUAAACAGUGUUUUAUUUAAAAUAUCAGGACAUUAUUCACUGAUCUCAGAGGUGACCUUGAAAGACUGUGAAAUCCAAAAAACAUUUCAGUACGUUUGGUUCACAUUUAUUGAACUAUAUCAAAAAUUAAACUACCAACUGGAGAGUU